GGGAGCGUUGCUAGGGCACGGGGUGGAGGCGACUGUGUGGAGAGCGCGUCUUGACUCAGCACUUGGAUUCGGCUCCUUCAUUUCCAACAUGGAAGAAACUUACAUCGAUUCCCUGGACCCUGAAAAGCUAUUACAAUGUCCCUAUGAUAAAAACCACCAGAUCAGAGCCUGCAGGUUUCCUUAUCAUCUUAUCAAGUGCAGAAAGAAUCAUCCUGAUGUCGCAAACAAAUUGGCUACUUGUCCCUUCAAUGCUCGCCAUCAGGUUCCUCGGACCGAAAUCAGUCACCAUAUUUCAAGCUGUGAUGACAAAAGUUGUAUAGAGCAAGACAUUGUCAACCAAACCAGGAACCUUGGACAAGAGACUCUGGUUGAGAGCACAUGGCAGUGCCCUCCUUGUGAUGAAGACUGGGAUAAAGAUUUGUGGGAACAAACUAGCACCCCAUUUGUCUGGGGCACAGCCAACUACUGUGGCAAGAACAGCCCUGCAAGCAACAUAGUUAUGGAACAUAAGAGUAACCUGGCUUCAGGCAUGCGCGUUCCCAAGUCUCUGCCGUAUGUUCUGCCAUGGAAAAACAAUGGAAAUGCACAGUAACUGAAUAUCUCAUCAAAUGACUGAACCUAGAAGACUCUUGCUUCUUCCUGCUAUCAGUGGGUUCUUCAUUUUUCUCCUAAUCUAAUUAUAGAAAGAUAAACUGUCUGUGACUUUCAAACUGACAAAUGCCUUUUUUUCUCUCCCCUCUUUUGAGUCCUCAUUUGAUGCAAGAAAGACUCCGCAUAGUUUUAAAACUAUUUCAAAUAAACCAUUGGUGUAGAUAGCUUGAUAGUUUGGUCAAGUCCCUGAGCCCCAAGAUCAGAAAGCACAUCCCAUUCCACAUUAAUGAAACAUAAUUAUUUAAAGAAUCUUAAAGAAGCCAUCAAAUGCAGGCAAGAAACUUGGGUUGGAAAAAGUAACUGAGUAUUUGUGUUCUCUGACAUAUGUGGACCAAAUUCUUUUUCCCAUUAGUAUGAAUGGACCCAUUUGAUCAGUGCAUCUGUUUAUCCAGGGUCACCAGAUACUGAUAGCAUUUAUAGGGCAAAAUGCCCCAUUCUUGUUAGAAACUUGAGGACAUCGUCUGUCUAAAUAUUUCCAACCUAGGGGAGGUUUCUUGUAUUUAUCUCUCCUACAUUCCAGCUAGACGUACUAGUUGUCAGACUAGAUAUAGAUUAUAUAGGAGUGAAGAUUGGAAUGGAGGGGAGGAACAAGUGUACAUGUGGAGAAGAGAGAGAGGCUUUCCACCUGUGUGUGAAGUUUAAGUUUCAAAGUUGAAAUGUGUGAGGGCCCUGCUGACUACCUGGGAUGUAUGUGUAAUAAGUUAGAUUUUGAAACAUCCAAAGCUCUGGAUAUCUUAGCAUCUUGUUGGCCCUUCCAAGGAGACUUCAAAGUCUCCCCAGAGAUUGUUUGGAUUGUUUUUGUGUGGUUGUUUUCAAGUUUGACUUGGUUUGGUUUUAAAACUGUCUGGCAUGGGAGGGGUUUGUGAUCUGGUAUAGAUAGGGACUUGGAUGAAGCAUACUGACAAUCCCAAAAGGGAUCUCUCUAGCAGAGUAACAGAUAAGGGGAAGCAGGCCUUCUCCCACCAGUUUUACUCAAAAUUCUUCCCUGAUGAAGCAGAGCUGUCUGUUUCUUUAGUUCCAAACUCUAAAAACAGGUUCAAGAUAAGCCCCAGUACAGUAGUAGUUCUGCUUAGCUGCAUGAUCUUAAGUGAAUAACUAGGCCCUUUCUCCUGAGAGGGUAGUGAAUAUACUGAGGAGCGGGGGAAACACCCUUUAUGCCCCAGUCCUGGUCACUUAUGUUUGUGUAUCAAUCAAUACCUUACAAACACUUUAUUUAAAAAUAGUCUUAUUACUGGAAAAUGCAAAACCCUUUUGAUUUCAACUGUUCAGGUGAUGACAGAACAAAACUAUCAUCUGCUAUACUUGUAACCCAGAACUCCCACCUAGUUUAGGAGAAAUAAGCAGGGACAUGAGUCUCAUUGCAAAGAAUUAAACAGAAAAUAGUUACUUUGUGUUUUUAUUUAAUAUUUAAAGAGGUGAUAGGCUAACAUCUAACAUUUAUGAAAAGCAAAUGAAAACCCUGAUUUUGUUAUUUUAGGAAAACAGCUCUUUGCUCAUGACUACUAGAAUUUAAUCACAAUACAUCUGACUCUUUGGAGUAUAACACUCACAUGGGAGAAUCACUGGCUGCCUGUGUUAUUAGCUCACAAAAUAGACAAUCCUGUUGUUUCUUUGGUAAACUAAUGAUUAAAGCAACCAAUUUGUCUGAUCCAGGACCUUUCAGGGACUGCCUGGGAUUCUUAUUGGGCCUACGAUUCACUAGUCUGGACUUUGUUUCCUGGAGAUUUUUAGAGAUUCUCAAAAACUAGAACAAAAGUGACUAUUUACCACUUCUGCCAGAUAUUGGGAGGAGACGUUUACCAAUCUUUGAGACUCUCUUUUGGGGAUGAUACCCUCCCUUUGGGAUGUGAACAGUGGAAGAUAAAGAAUUGAAUACUCUGCCUUAAUUUCAGUUACAGUCAGGUGUUAUGGUUAAAUACAGAGGUGUUUUGAAACCUUAGUCCAGAGCCUCUGAGUCCUACAUUUUGAUCUUAUGUAGGGCUUCCAGAUUCUACCCCAAAGAGACGAUUUGCUUUUUGAAAAAUUGCCUUUCUCUAUAGGGGUUCUAGAAGUGCCAUUGUGAUUUGCAAAUGUUAUUACCAGGAAUAAACAAAUGUAAGUAAUAAAGGACCUUUAGCUCUCCUGGUAGUUAUACCUGAGCUAAAUGAGGAAAGUAUGCAGAUUUAAUUUCGAAUAAUGCAUCGCAGUACCCUUUCAUUGGUGAGGGAGAACAGUAGCUGCUUGUGUUAGUCUCUUAGACAAAAUGUGUGUAUCUAUAUUGGCAUUCUUAGACUUCUUUACUUGUACUUUUCACAAUUCACAUUAAGCUCAAACGUAGGCAGAAACCAAGGAGAUAACAUUAUACUUAUUACCUUUUUUAAAGAUGCAGGAUAUAAAAAUCAAGUUGAUUUGUAUACUAUAAUUUAAAUGAUCGAAGCAGGACUGGCCUUGCGAAGAAAAGACCUCUGAGAAAACAUGCAUUUCUUGUAUCAGUACAAGGGGUAGAAUAAGGAAAACUACCUAAAUUCCAGGAGAAAAAUACUGUAGUGGUGGCUCAUUCCUUUGAUCACUAUCUUCCUGGUACUGUUAAGCUUUGGAACAUAUUCGUAUCCUACCUUACAGUCAUGGCCUUUUCAGAGGCCACUAGAGACAUUAACCUGUUAUAACAACAGUCUCAGCUGACUUUGUUCCAGCUAUGGCAGUCUGAAGAAUGCACACCUGUGUGUGAACAGGGGAUUAGCCCUAUACAUAGCCAUUCUACUGCCUGGUGCAGCUCAGUUUUAUAAACUUGGUAACUGGUGAGACAUAUAAAAUCUAAGAUUGUAUAUAAAAAGGAAGAACAGCAUCCUAGGCGAACAGUAACCGUAAUAACAACCAUAUGGUCAGAAGGUUUGCUUUUGUGUUUACCUUAAUUAAAGACUGUUUUAUAUGAAACUAAAAUAAUGUAAGAACCUUUGAGGAAAUGUGAAGAUAAGUUUAGUAUUUUACUUUGUUAUGCACACACACACACACAUAAAGAAAGGAAAUAAGUCCAGUUUAUAUGAAAAGCUGAGUAUGAAUCCAACCAUGCCUCUUAAUUGUUAUUAAAAUACUGAAAUAAAGUGUG